AUGCUCUCCAGUCGAUUGAUACCGCGCUCUGGAGCCAAGUCGGCCUUCAGAAGACACGCUUCUCUACCCACCGUUGUCCCGCCCAUUCAGCUGUCGAAAUGGAGUCGCGCCUACGCCUCGGCCUCUGAGGAGAAGGACCUUGUUGUUAUCGGCGGUGGCGUCGCUGGCUACGUCGCCGCCAUCAAGGCUGGUCAAGAGGGCUUGAAGGUCACCUGCAUUGAAAAGCGAGGCACGCUCGGCGGAACCUGCCUCAAUGUCGGCUGCAUUCCCUCCAAGGCCCUUCUCAACAACUCCCACCUUUACCACACCAUCAAGCAUGACUCGAAGAACCGCGGUAUCGAUGUAUCUGACGUCAAGAUAAACCUCGAGCAGUUCAUGAAAGCUAAAGACACUGCGGUCGGGGGGCUGACCAAGGGUGUCGAGUUCCUCUUCAAGAAGAACGGUGUCGAAUACAUCAAGGGCGCUGGCACUUUUGUCAACGAGAAUGAGAUCAAGGUGGCCCUUAAUGACGGAGGCGAGACCUCGGUUAGGGGAAAGAACAUUUUGAUUGCUACCGGUAGUGAAGCCACGCCCUUCCCUGGACUGGAAAUUGACGAGAAGCGUGUCGUCACCAGCACUGGUGCUCUGUCACUUGAUAAGAUACCCGAGAGCCUUGUUGUCAUUGGCGGUGGUAUCAUUGGUCUGGAGAUGGCCUCUGUUUGGUCUAGACUGGGAACCAAGGUGACCGUCGUUGAGUUUCUUGGGCAGAUUGGCGGUCCUGGCAUGGACACCGAGAUCGCCAAGAGCGCGCAGAAGAUACUCAAGAAGCAGGGCAUCAACUUCAAGACAGGUACCAAGGUUAUCAGCGGUGACAAGACUGGUGACAAGAUCAAGUUGGAGGUCGACGCUGCCAAGGGUGGCAAGCCCGAGACCCUGGAUGCCGACGUCGUCCUGGUGGCCAUCGGUCGCCGACCCUACACCGGCGGACUGGGGCUUGAAAAUAUCGACCUCGAGCUGGAUGAGAGAGGCCGUGUCAUCAUUGACUCGGAAUAUCGCACGAAGAUUCCCCACAUCCGUUGCGUUGGGGACGUUACCUUCGGCCCGAUGCUGGCGCAUAAGGCUGAGGAGGAGGCCGUUGCUGUGGUUGAGUACAUCAAGAAAGGUCACGGUCACGUAAACUAUGGUGUGAUCCCGUCUGUCAUGUACACCCACCCCGAGGUUGCCUGGGUCGGCCAAAGCGAGCAGGAUCUCAAGUCGCAGGACAUACCGUACCGAGUCGGCACUUUUCCAUUCAGUGCCAACUCUCGCGCUAAGACCAACCUGGACACUGAGGGCUUGGUGAAAAUGCUGGCAGAUCCCGAGACGGACAGGAUUCUGGGAGUUCAUAUCAUCGGACCUAACGCGGGCGAGAUGAUUGCCGAGGCCACCCUUGCGCUCGAGUAUGGUGCCUCGAGCGAGGACAUCGCCCGAACAUGUCACGCUCACCCAACCUUGGCGGAGGCAUUCAAGGAGGCCGCUAUGGCCACCUACUCGAAGCCGAUUCAUAUGUAA